GGAGGGUGCCGGAAGUACUACUCCUGAAAGGGUCCGAGCGAGACUCGGGUUGCCUUCCUCGUAGUCCGGGUGUUGGGAACCCGGAGUGCGGGAGACCUGAGUCCAAGCCGAUACCACUGUCGUGACCCCUGGCAAGUCCCUUUUCUGUGAUUUCACUGGCUCAGCCUUGAGUAAAUCGCUCAGCCUUGAAGUGAGUCGCUGAGCUACCCCUCAGCAUCCAACCUGGCCAGUGGAAUUGCUCGGGCAGCGCUCCUGGGAGCCGAGGCCCGGAGAUCCUCAGUAAAAGACGCCUCCUCACCUUCAAAACAGCCCUGGAUUCUGAACCUGCCAUCCAAGGGACUCAGGAGUUGACAGUCUCUACAUUUCUCACCACCCUGGGGCAAAAUCCACUAUGUCUCAGGCCACCAAGAGGAAGCAUGUCGUGAAGGAGGUGCUAGGGGAGCACAUGGUGCCCUCCGACCGGCAGCAGAUUGUGAGGGUACUCAGGACACCAGGGAACAAUCUUCAUGAGGUGGAGACAGCCCAAGGGCAGCGCUUCCUGGUGAGCAUGCCCUCCAAAUACCGCAAGAAUAUCUGGAUCAAAAGAGGGGACUUUCUCAUUGUUGACCCCAUUGAAGAGGGAGAAAAGGUGAAGGCUGAGAUCUCCUUUGUGCUUUGCAAGGACCAUGUGCGCUCUCUGCAGAAGGAAGGGCACUGGCCAGAGGCUUUUUCUGAAGUGGCUGAGAAACAGAACAACAGGAACAGACAAACUCAGCCAGAACUCCCAGCUGAGCCACAGGAUUCAUCAGGAGAAGAAUCCAGUUCUGAAGAUGAUUCUGACCUCUUUGUUAACACCAACCGCAGACAGUAUCAUGAGAGUGAGGAGGACAGUGAAGAGGAGGAGGAGGCAUCCUGAGGCCCACUUCUCUGUUUACUUGGGGACUAAUCCCUGGUUCCUCUGGGCUUGGACAUUCCCAGGGUGCUCUGCACAUCUUGAUCUCUGAAUGGGGACAAGGCAGGGCCCCUCUGAACUGACCUUCUGACCUAGGAGAAUUAAACCCCUGGUGGGUGGUAACUUGUGCUGGUGUCUACGUGGCUCUCUGUGGGGAGGGAAACUUGUGGUGAAGUAAAACGCUACUUUGUGGAGGCAUUGUGGACUGAAUGGAAAAAAAUGGGGAAUGGGUAGAAUCCUUCUCAGGUGGUUUGUUAUUCUUUCCUCCUUCCAUCCGGCUCUUGGAAGUGCCAGGUCCUCUGCUAUACCUCCUUGCAUCUGUUAACCAACUGGGAGAAGUCCUGCUUCAUCGUCUGCCCUCAGCUAACACUGACUCAAGCAUUCAGGAUUAUAGUUCUAGGACCUGGUACCCACCUGUCCCUCAGAGACACUCAGGAUCAACCCCACGGUGCCUCGUGAGCUG